GCGAGCGCCGCGUUCGGCCGCGACACGGUGGCGCGGCUGGCGCGCCUGGAGGCCUCGCUGGCGGGCGCUCUCUCUCGCUCUUGCUCUCGCUCUUGCUCUCGCUCUUGCUCGCUCCCUUACCCUCGCUGUAGCUCAUGCUCUCCCCCGUGCCCCGCAGAGUCCCUGUCGCUGCCGCGCGUCAAGCCCGUGGACCUGAACGCGAGCGCCGCGUUCGGCCGCGACACGGUGGCGCGGCUGGCGCGCCUGGAGGCCUCGCUGGCGGGCGCCGGCGUGCAGAUGCAGCGCGGCACCGCCGUCCACGGCCAGUUCAUCGAGUCCAUGCCCGAGGCGGCCGCGCUGGAGCAGGGCCGCGAGGCGCUGGCCGCCGUCAAGGCCGCCCUCUACCUGAGCCAGCACCACUGCCAGAAGUACGGCGUGGACGAGCACAAGUGCGCGCGCUGGCUGAGCAGCCAGAAGCUGUUCGGCACGACGCUGGGCGCGGCCUGCAGCGCGGCGCGCGCGCCCGCCGGUGGCUACUGCUCCGGCCAGGACAAGUACCGCUCGCUGGACGGCUCCUGCAACCACCUGGAGCAGCCCGCCUGGGCGCAGGGCCAGGCCCUCACCGCCUACCGCCGCCUGCUGUUCCCAGAGUACCAGGACGGCAUCCACCUCCCCCGCGGGCCCAAGAAGGGCCUGGCGCUGCCGUCGGCGCGCCUGGUGAGCGUGGCCAUCGCCAAGGACCGCGACGUGCCGGACCGGGAGCUCACCCUGGCCCUGAUGCAGUGGACGCAGUUCGUGGAGCACGACAUGGCGCACACGCCCACCUCCAAGAUGGUGAACACCGGCACGGCGCUGACGUGCUGCCGGCCCGACGCCACCCCGCUGGCGCCCCGGCACGCGCACCCGCUGUGCCAGCCCGUCACCAUCCCGCAGGACGACCCCUUCUACGGGCGCGUGCGCGCGCGCUGCAUGUCCUACAUCCGGUCGCUGCACGCCUUCCGGCCCGACUGCGGCUUCGGCCCCGCCGAGCAGAUGAACCAGGCCACGCACUUCCUGGACGGGUCGCAGCUGUACGGCACGUCGGCUCGCCGCGACCGCUCGCUGCGGCUGUUCUCCGGCGGCCGGCUGCUGCUGGCGCGCCGCUCUGGUCAUGGCCAGGGCGCCAGCCGGCCCUUGCUGCCGCCCGCCGACGAGCCCCGGGACCGCUGCCAGGUCAGCAGCGCAUCGGCCGUCUGCUACAAGUCGGGUGACGUCCGCGCCAACAGCCACCCGCACCUGGCCGCCAUGCACACGCUGUGGGCGCGCGAGCACAACCGCCUGGCCGAGGAGCUGGCCGAGCUCAACCCGCAGUGGGACGACGAGACGAUCUUCCAGGAGGCCAGGAGGAUCGUCAUCGCAGAGAUGCAGCACAUCACGUACGACCAGUGGCUGCCCGCCAUCCUAGGUUCGCGGUUUGUGCAGAAGGUCGGCCUCAACACCCCGGACAGCAACUGGUACCGUGAGAACAUGGACCCCAGUGUGAGCAACGCGUUCGCUACCGUGGGUUUGAGGUUCGGGCUGUCCAUGAUGCAGGGCAGGAUACAGUUGUUUGACGAGGAGCGCAGGCCGAACGCGUCGCUUCUGCUCCGCGACCACUUCAACAAGCCCAACGUCCUGGAGGACGGCUCCAGCUUGGACGGGCUGGUGCGCGGGCUAGCCACGCAGUCCAGCCAGCAGGUCGACACCUUCCUCGUCGAAGACCUGACCAACAUGAUGUACUUGGACGCCUCGGAGCGCGGCGUGGACGCGCUCAGCCUGGCCAUCCAGCGCGGCCGCGACCACGGCCUGCCCUCCUACAACCAGUACCGCAAGCUGUGCGGGCUGCCGCAGGCCAAGGCGUUCGUGGACUUCGCGGACGUGAUGUCGCGGCAGACGGCCAGCCGGCUGGGCGGCGUGUACGCGCACCCGGACGACGUGGACGUGCUGGUGGGCGGCAUGGCGGAGCGGCCGUGGGAGGGCGCGCUCGUGGGGCCCACCCUGCGCUGCGUCAUCAGCGAGCAGCUGCUGCGCUCCAGGAGGGCCGACCGCUACUUCUUCGACAACCCCGACCAG